CCGGACGCGCCGUCGGAGGGAGCGGCUGAGCCAUGGGGAAGAAGCGCGACGCCAUCCUGGACGCGCUGGAGAACCUGACGGCGGACGAGCUCAAGAAGUUCAAGCUGAAGCUGGGGGCGGCGCCGCUGCGCGAAGGCUUCCGCCACAUCCCGCGGGGCGCGCUCGGGCCGCUGGACGCCGUGGACCUCACCGACAAGCUGGUCGCCUUCUACUGCGAGGACUACGGCGCCGAGGUCACCGAGGCGGUGCUGCGCGACAUGGGCAUGCAGGAGGAGGCGGAGCGGCUGGGGGGCGCCGCGUGAGUUCCCGUGCCCGCCGGCCCCUCGGCUACUCCUGAGUCUCGAUGAAAACGGACGAGGUCGGGAGCGGUACGGUUUUCAGCAGAGGUGUCCGGGCCGGAGAAGGGCAGUGCUGAUGAGCGGGGGCUGGGACCACGCAGAAGCCCUCCGACCCGAGUCCUGAGGCCGCGGCCACUCCUCCACCGCGGGACCAACGGCCGCUGCGCGCCUCCAGCCCCCGCCCCCACCCCCUUGCUCUGCCCCUGCACCAAUAAAACCUUCGUGACAAAC